AUGGCGCAGCGCUCGGGGAAGAUCACUCUCUAUGAAGGCAAGCACUUCAUGGGGCGGAAGCUGGAGGUCUUCGGGGACUGUGACAACUUCCAGGACUGGGGCUUUAUGAACCGAGUGAACACCAUCCGCGUGGAGAGCGGAGCCUGGGUCUGCUUCGAUCACCCCGACUUCCGGGGCCAGCAAUUCAUCUUGGAGCACGGCGACUACCCCGACUUCUUCCGCUGGAACAGCCGCAGUGACCACAUGGGCUCCUGUCGGCUAGGAAUGGUGAGUGGGACCGUCCACCGAGGGCUGAGUCUUCCUGCUGGAGGGACCGAGGAUCGGCCCUGGCAGACAGUGGCAAGGAAUCGGGGAGCGUGGGCCUCCCGGCUUUAA